GCUGCAAUGCAAAUGGAAAAAUUUUCAUGGAAAUUAUUGUAUUAUUGAAAGCAAAACACUUGGAUACAACAACAGAACGGCAGAUUGUGCGUUUUUAGGUCAAGCAGCGCCACCGCCACUGACACUCUGACACACAUACAGUGUGGCACCCGUAGGUGUUUGUGUCCAGCGGCCAGUGGCGGCGGCGGUGGUGCGUCUCACGCUGGAAUUUGUGCCUGUAUUGUGCCUGCAUCCGAGCUGAUCUCUGCAAGACAAUUUGCCAAUUUAGAGCUUAACGCAAUCAAAACUCGAGCGAUUUAUGCACUGUGAGAUAAUCUGUGGUCUUUACGGUUUGCGGAACUUGCGGAAAAUUUUCAAAUUUCACGCAUUUUCUGCCUCCCAAUAGACGUCCGAUCCUUCGCGGCCACCACCCCAAGCGUAUCGUCACGUCUUGUUGCGCCUCGCAGUGACACACUUAAGUUGCGUGCGAGGCUUUAAAAACCCAGAAUUCGGUCGGUACGCAUCCAGUGCCAUAGAAAUAAUUCCGCAGCAAAGUGCCCAGUGCUCGCAGUUGCCGCGGAAGGAAGCGCCACAAAGCCCCACAUACAGGAUUAGCAGUGGUCCCCCCUACAACAUUUGGACAGUCUCCUCUCACUCUCACUCUCAUUAUAUCCCCAUAUCCAUGGCCAAUCAGAUGCACAAGAGUGGUGCCCUGGUCCUGGUCCUCAAUCUGUUGCUGCUGACGCAGUCGGAGACGGAGGCCAAGCUGCUGACACGCUGCCAGCUGGCCAAAGAGCUGUUGCGCCACGACUUUCCGAGGAGCUAUCUGUCCAAUUGGGUUUGCCUUGUGGAGUCGGAGAGCGGACGCAGCACGUCCAAGUCCAUGCAGCUGCCCAACCAGAGCGUCAGCUAUGGACUCUUUCAGAUCAACAGCAAAAACUGGUGUCGCAAAGGUCGUCGCGGUGGCAUCUGCAACAUCAAAUGCGAAGAGUUCCUGAACGAUGAGAUCUCAGAUGAUUCACGCUGUGCCAUGCAGAUCUUCAAUCGCCACGGCUUCCAGGCCUGGCCCGGUUGGAUGAGCAAAUGUCGUGGGCGCACGUUGCCCGACGUCUCCCGCUGCUAGGACGGGCUGCCCCCAGACUUGCCCAUAAUUUCCCCGAUCUGCUCUCUAGCCUUAAACGUACUCUACUAUUACUCUAGCGACUAAUUAAUAAACAGCUUAAGCCAUGAUGCCCGUA